AGAUAUGACGAUGGCCCUGAAAGCUCAGCUCCUGAUUGGUGUCCUCUACUAUGUAACCUGUUCCCUUGUGUAUGGCUUCCCCACUGACCCUGGGACUGAGUUCCGCUCUGCUUUCUCUGUGGCUAGAACCAGCAGCAUGGAAGGGAGCUCUGAGAUGGUCAUCACCUUUGACAAGGUCUAUGUGAACAUUGGUAAUGACUUUGACCCCAAGACUGGGAUGUUCAGGUGUCGAAUCCCUGGGGCCUAUUACUUCUCCUUCACUGUUGGGAAAUACCCCAAGAAAAACUUGUCUGUCAUGCUGAUGAGAAACAAGAACGAGGUGCAAGUAAUUGUGUAUGAUGAGCAUCAUCGCAAGGAACGGAAGGUGGCCAGCCAGAGUGCCAUGCUGCAGUUGGACUAUGGUGACACAGUCUGGCUGCGUUUACAUGGAGAUCCCAAAUAUGCCCUCUACAGCAAUGCAGGCCCGUACACAACUUUCAAUGGCUAUCUCAUUUAUCCAGACACCUCUUCCUACUUCCAAAACAGUGUAACCUCUCAGGAGCUGGCAGGAGGUGCAGAGCCACUUCAUCGUGCCAUUCAGCAACUUCCAGGAGAGCAGAAUGAAGCCUCAGAAGUACACAUGCUGUCUGAUGAACCACAACUUCCAGGAGAGCAGAAUGAAGCCUCAGAAGUACACAUGCUGUCUGAUGAACCAGCCAGAAUACAAGACCCCCGCUCUGCAUUUUCUGUUGCCCGCACACAAAGCCUUUUGGGGACAGAUGAGAAACAGACCCAGCAUGAGCCAAUCACGUUUGACACAGAGUUUGUGAACAUUGGGAGGGAUUUCAAUUCCUCAAGUGGCAUCUUCUUGUGCCGUGUGCCUGGUGCAUAUUAUUUUUCUUUCACCAUUGGCAAAAUGCCUUUUAAGACCAUGUCAGUGAAACUGAUGAAGAACCACAAUGAAGUUCAGGCUAUGAUCUAUGAUGACAACCACUCCAAGAGGCGAGAGAUGCAAAGCCAGAGCAUCAUGCUGCCUCUGCACUAUGGAGACACCAUCUGGCUAUAUAGCCACCAGCAUGACGGCUAUGGUGCCUACAGCAACCAUGGCAAAUACAUCACUUUCACAGGUUUCCUGAUCUAUCCAGAGGUUCAGCCAAAGCUGCUUCCUAGUGCCAGUUCAGCCCAGGGGCCCAAAAUCUAAAUACAGGCAUUCAAGGAGCAUAAGUGAAACCGAGAUACAGUGGACUUGGGUGUGGAUCCUUGUUGGACAUCAUCCUGUACAUGACAAUGUUAACCAGCAUGUUAAUGUGUGUUUCCUUAUGCUGCAUGUUUGUGCCGUGGCUGCAGGGCCAUUGCUUUCUGUUGUUCAUCCAUAGAAUGAUCUUUACAGAGUGUAUGUGUGUGUUCAGUGUUGCUGUUUGAUUUAUGCAUAAAGCAUGAAGUAGUUUGGAGACAGGGGGAGGGAAGUGAAAUGAAGUGCUAUAAGUCAGGGAGCCACUGCAGGAAUACUAUAAAGAUAUCCCUGCUCAGAGGGAAAGGAUCUGGUAACAUUCAUUGUAUACUGGGGGUGCGGGGACAAAUGUAAUGGAAAUGAACUUAAUAAACAUGCACAAGAAAAGAU